UGUCAGUGUCAGUUUGUGAUUUCCAAAAAACACAACUCAGCGGUUGUUGCCUCGAAUCCUUUUUCGCAAUUAAAGGGAAUUAUUGAUAAAAGUAGUGAUUUGUUCGUGAUUUUUGGUGUAUUUUCGUACUAGCCACAAUGUCCGACAUCCAAACUCUCAUGGACAUGGGAUUCCCCAAAGAAAGAGCCGAGCGAGCCAUCCAGGUGACGAACAACAAGGGCGUCGAAGCGGCCAUGGAGUGGCUGCUGGCUCACGCCGACGAGGACAUUCCCUCGAGCAGCAGCGGAGCAUCGUCGGCUCCAGCACCAGAAGACGGAGCAGUCCCGACAGAGGCUUCCGCUGCUGCUGCUGCUGCCGAUGAGCCGGCUCAGGUGGCCAAGUCGCUCAAAUGUGACGAGUGUGGCAAGCUGUUCAAAUCCCAGGAGGAGGUCGAGUUCCAUGCUGCCAAGACCCAGCACAGCAGCUUCUCGGAAUCGACCGAGGAGAAAAAACCGCUCACGGAAGAGGAGAAAAAGGCACAGCUGGCCCUGCUGGAGGACAAGAUGAAACGAAAGCGCCAGGAGCGCGAGGAAAACGAAAAGAAGGAGGCCCUCGAGCGGGAACGGCUGCGCAUCAAGUCGGGCAAGGACAUGCUGGAGGCGAAGCGCAAAAUGGAGGAGCAGGAGAUGAAGAAGAUCAUGGACCAGCGGCGCAGGGAAAAGGCGGAGGAGAAGGCGGCCCGGGACCGGGUGAAGGCACAGAUCGAGGCGGACAAGGCGGCCCGGAGGGCCAAACAGGCUGGCGAAACGGCCACCUCGCCGGUCCAGUCACUACCCCCGCAGCUGUCCAGCCCGGUGGUAUCGUCUUCCCCGGCGGCGGCGACGUCGGCCCCCAAAACCUACACCAACGCCCGCAUCCAGGUGCGCAUGCUGGACGGAACCACCCUGGUGGAGACGUUCGACGCCAAGGAACAGCUGGCCGCCGUUCGGCUGUUUGUGCAGCUCAAGCUGGGCCCCAACCCGGUCCCGUUCGGCCUGAUGACGACCUUUCCGCGGAAGGUGUUUACGGCGGAGGACUUUGACACCCCGCUGGAGAAGUUGGGGCUCGUGCCGUCGGCCGUGCUGAUCGUCACGAAGACGCCUUAGAGAUUAGGAAUGUGAGAAUGGGUGAAUAAAAUCGGGGGUUUGGUUCUGAAAGUUUA